AUGGAUCGGAACCAAGACUAUGACCUCGAUCGUCCGGUAGGACCGAUACAAGGCAUGAGGCAGGGCCUGACCUCUUACGGGGAUGCGCACUUCUCGCUGUUCCUCCGGAAAGUAUUCAUCAAGGCCCUCGGGUACAGCGAAGACGCGCUCUCGCGGCCCAUCGUGGGCAUCGUGAAUACGUACUCGAGCUUCAACCCGUGUCACGCCAACAUCCCGCAACUCAUCGACGCCGUGAAGCGCGGCGUCCAGCUCGCCGGCGGCCUGGCGAUAGAUUUCCCCACUAUCAGUGUCCACGAGAGCUUCGCGGCGCCUACUAGUAUGUUUCUGAGAAACCUUAUGAGUAUGGACACGGAAGAGAUGAUCCGGGCUCAACCUGUCGAUGCGGUUGUGCUUAUUGGGGGUUGUGAUAAGACAACGCCGGCCCAGCUCAUGGGCGGCAUCUCGGCGAAUAAGCCCAUUUUACACCUUGUUACGGGCCCCAUGAUGCCGGGGAGCCAUCGCGGCGUACGCAUAGGCGCGUGUACGGAUUGCAGGAAUAAUUGGGCUAGCUAUCGUGCUGGGACGAUGGAUAUAGAGGAGAUUGGGAUGAUCAACGAGGAGUUGGCACCUACUGCUGGCACCUGCGGUGUAAUGGGCACAGCCAGCACAAUGGCAUGCGUACUCGUAGCACUGGGAAUGAUGCCUCUUAAGGGGGCAUCGGCCCCGGCCGUCUCAUCCGCACGUCUUCGCAUCGCCGAACAAACGGGCACGAUUGCGGUGUCGUUGAUUCAAGCCGGCGACUCCCUCAAGCCACAGACCCUACUCACCCGCGAGUCCUUCCUCAACGCCAUCACAGUCCUGCAAGCCAUCGGCGGCUCCACCAACGCCGUCGUGCACCUAAUGGCCAUCAUCAACCGCCACCCGGACGUCGCCGGGUCCAUCACCCUGGACACCUUCGACGAGAUAGGACGCAAGACCCCGCUGCUCGUCGACCUGAAGCCCAGCGGCUCAAACUAUAUGACGGAUUUCCAUAAUUCUGGCGGGAUGGCGGCGCUGUUGCGCGAGCUGAGGCCGCUCCUGUAUUUGCAGGCUAUGACGGUCACGGGAAGCACGCUGGGCAAGCUCCUUGAUGCUGAGCCCGUUAUCCCGAUUCCGCGCGAAUUGUCGUGCAUCGCGCCCUUCACCGAUCCGCUGUACCCGGCCUCGUCACUCGUCGUGUUGCGCGGAAACCUGGCGCCUCGGGGCGCGGUCAUGAAAGCCAGCGCGUCCAAGAACCGAACCCUGCUAUCGCAUUCCGGCCCCGCGGUCGUGUUCGCCGGGUCCGCAGACAUGGCACGUCGGAUUGACUCUGACAACCUUGAUGUCACGCCUGACAGCGUCCUCGUGCUGCAGAACAUCGGACCUGUCGGUAACCCCGGAAUGCCCGAGGCCGGACUCAUCCCGAUCCCACGGAAGCUCGCGGCGCAGGGCGUGCAAGAUAUGCUGCGGGUCUCUGACGGACGGAUGAGCGGGACCGCGGGUGGCACUAUCGUAUUACAUGUCGCACCCGAAGCAGCGGACCCUACCUCUGUGCUGGGGAUUGUGCGCGAUGGCGAUAUCAUCACCGUCGAUGUCGAGGCGAGGGUGCUGAGGAUUGAGCUUGGCGAUGAGGAGAUACGGAAGAGGACGACGGAUAGGACUAGGGAACUCAGGCCGGAAGCGAGCGAGCCGUGGGUUGCGAGACGGCGGAUGAGAGGGUAUAGGGGGUUGUACAUGAGGGAAGUGAACCAGGCGGACCAGGGAGCCGAUUUUGAAUUCCUCACUGCUGAGGGACCGUUGGAAUAA